UGAAGCGGUGAUGGGUAGGAGGGGCUGCGUUGAGGCAGUGAUGAGGCUAAAAUGGCGGCUAGUCCAGGCAGGCGGAUCGGAGGUUAGCAGAUUAACCGAGAGUUUCAAUCGUUGAGGAUUCGACUCAUGCUGAGACGCAUCUACAAUAACGAACUGUUUAACGGAGGAUUUCGAGCUUUGGAUGCGAAGGGACCGGAUAUCUGCAGAAACAUGGACGGGGAGGAGUUCUGCCCCCCGCCUGAGUGCCCGGUGUUCGAGCCUUCCUGGGAGGAGUUCGCCGAUCCGUUGGGGUACAUCGCCAAAAUCCGUCCAAUCGCCGAGAAGUCCGGCAUCUGCAAGAUCCGCCCUCCUGCGGACUGGCAACCCCCAUUUGCUGUGGAGGUGGAUAACUUCCGCUUCACUCCCCGAAUCCAGAGGCUGAAUGAGCUGGAGGCUGAGACGCGCGUGAAGCUCAACUACUUGGACCGCAUCGCCAAGUUCUGGGAGAUCCAGGGCUCCUCCCUCAAGAUCCCCAACAUCGAGAGGCGCAUCGUGGACCUCUUCAGCCUAGCCAAGGUGGUGACCGAAGAGGGGGGGUUCGAGACGGUCAGCAAAGAGAGGCGGUGGGCGCGCGUGGCGCAGAAGAUGGGCUACCCCCCCGGGAAGAACAUCGGCUCCCUCCUGCGCUCGCACUACGAGAGGAUCGUCUACCCCUUCGAGAUGUUCCAGUCGGGGGCCAGCCUGCCGCAGUACAAGCCAAGGCCGUACGAGAGCGAAGAGGUGGACAAGGAGUACAAGCCUCACUCCAUCCCCCUCCGCCAGUCAGUCCAGCCCUCCAAAGUCAGCAGCUAUGGCAGGAGAGCCAAUCGCCUGCAGCCUGACGGUCCUGAAGAUUUGCCCCCCCACCUUCUCAACACAGGCUCUCAACACACCUCGCCCGAGCCCACGGAGGAGGACAUAGAGAAGAACCCGGAGCUGAAGAAGCUGCAGAUCUACGGGGCGGGGCCCAAGAUGAUGGGCCUGGGCCUGGUGCCCAGGGACAAGGGCCUCCGAAAGAAAGACGAGCUGCCGCAGACCGUCAUCGUGCGGGACAGCGCCGUGGUGACGGUGAAGGGCGAGCCGGUGGAGGAGGCGAUCUCCGGCGAGAGGAACGGGGACGCCCCCCCGCCCCGCAAAGACGCGGUCAAGAAGGAGGAAGGGGCGGAGGAGGAGGAGGAGGAGGAGGAGGAGGGGGAGGGGGGGGAGGCCAGCGUUAAGGACGAGCCCUGCACCAAGAUGACCAUGAGGCUGCGCCGCAACCUCAGCAGCACGCAGUUUGUGGACUCGUUCGUGUGCAGGAUGUGCGGCCGGGGCGACGAGGACGACAAGCUCCUGCUGUGCGACGGCUGCGACGACAACUACCACACCUUCUGCCUGCUGCCCCCGCUCACCGACCCGCCCAAGGGGGACUGGCGCUGCCCCAAAUGCGUGGCCGAGGAGUGCAAGAAGCCGGCGGAGGCGUUCGGGUUCGAGCAGGCCACGUGCGAGUACACCCUGCAGAGCUUCGGAGAGAUGGCCGACGCCUUCAAGGCCGACUACUUCAACAUGCCUGUUCACAUGGUUCCCACAGAGCUGGUGGAGAGGGAGUUCUGGAGGCUGGUGAGCAGCAUAGAGGAGGACGUGACGGUGGAGUACGGCGCAGACAUCCACUCCAAAGACUUCGGCAGCGGCUUCCCCAUCAACAACGGCAAGAGGCAGCUCACGAAGGAGGAAGAGGAGUACGCCCGCAGUGGGUGGAACCUGAACGUGAUGCCGGUGCUGGAGCAGUCGGUGCUGUGCCACAUCAACGCCGACAUCUCGGGCAUGAAGGUGCCCUGGCUGUACGUGGGCAUGGUCUUCUCCGCCUUCUGCUGGCACAUCGAGGACCACUGGAGCUACUCCAUCAACUACCUGCACUGGGGCGAGCCGAAGACGUGGUACGGGGUCCCCUCGUCGGCGGCCGAGCAGCUGGAGGCGGUGAUGAAGAAGCUGACCCCCGAGCUGUUCGAGUGCCAGCCCGACCUGCUGCACCAGCUGGUCACCAUCAUGAACCCCAACAUCCUCAUGGGCCACGGCGUGCCGGUGGUGCGUACCAACCAGUGUGCGGGGGAGUUCGUCAUUACUUUCCCCCGGGCCUACCACAGUGGUUUCAACCAAGGGUAUAACUUUGCUGAAGCUGUUAACUUCUGCACAGCCGAUUGGCUCCCGGCUGGCCGCUCCUGCAUAGAGCACUACCGGCGGCUGCGCAGGUACUGCGUCUUCUCUCACGAGGAGCUCACCUGCAAGAUGGCCGCCUGCCCCGAGAAGCUGGACCUGAACCUGGCGGCCGCCACUCACCGAGAGAUGUUCAGCAUCGUGCAGGAGGAGAGGAAACUGCGCAAGAGCCUCCUGGAGAGGGGCAUCACUGAAGCGGAGAGGGAGGCCUUUGAGCUCCUCCCUGACGACGAGAGACAGUGCGACAAGUGCAAGACCACCUGCUUCCUGUCAGCGCUGGCCUGCUCCAACUGCCCGGAGCGCCUGGUCUGUCUGUACCACACCCAGGACCUGUGUACCUGUCCCACAGACAAGCACUACCUCAGGUACCGCUACUCUCUGGACGAGCUGCUGGCCAUGCUCCACCGGCUGAAGGUUCGAGCCGAGUCCUUCGACUCCUGGGCCACCCGCGUGAAGGGCGCGCUGGAGCAGGAGGACGGCAGAAAGAUCGGCAUUCAGGAACUGGAGAGUCUGAAGGAGGAGGCUGCGGAGCGGAAGUUUCCGGAUAACGAGCUGCUCCAGCGCCUCAACACCGCGCUGAGGGACAUUGAGCGCUGCCAGACCGUCUGCUCUGAGCUCCUGACCAGCUCGCAGAGCAGGAAGAUGACGCUGGCAGACCUGAAGGCCCUGCUGGAGAGGAUCAGCAACCUUCCCUGCGCCAUCACAAAUCUGGAUCAGGUGCAGGCGGCGCUCCAGACGGUGGAGCAGUUCCAGAGCAGCGCCCAGGAGCUGCUGGGGGGCGAGGACUGGUCCCGCGGCCCGCCCCCUCCGGAGCGCCUGCAGGCCCUGCUGGAGCAGGGGGCCGUCCUGCCGGCCGAGCCCCCGGAGGUGGAGCAGCUGCGGGGGCUGCAGGCGCAGGGCCAGUGGCUGGAGGAGGUGCGGCGGACGCUGGGCCCCCAGGGCGGCGAGGUGACGCUGGGCGUGCUGCGCAGCCUGAUGGAGGCCGGCUGCGGCGUUCCGCAGAGCAUCGCCGUGGAGACCGCCAUGGCCGAGCUGCAGGAGCUGCUCACCAUCGCCGAGCGCUGGGAAGAGAAGGCUCACAUCUGCCUGGAGCACAGGCAGAAGCACCCCCUCUCCACCCUGGAGGCCAUCGUGAACGAGGCCCAGCUCAUCCCGGUGCAGCUGCCCAACAUCCUGUCCCUGCAGGGCUGCCUGAGCCGAGCCCGGGCCUGGGUCACGGACCUGGAGGAGAUACAGAACGGAGAGCACUACCCCUGCCUGGAUGACCUGGAGGGGCUGGUGGCCAUCGGGAGGGACCUGCCCGUGUGCAUGGAGGAGCUGCGGCAGCUGGAGCUACAGGUGGCCAGCGCUCACUCCUGGAGGGACAAGGCCAGCAAGACCUUCCUGAAGAAGAACUCUCAGCUGAGCCUCCUGGAGGUGCUGUGUCCUUGUACGGGGAAGCGGAGGGAGAGGGGAGAGGGGAAGGAGUACCGCACCGACACAGACAGCCUGGGCCUCACCGCACAGGACCUGAGGGACCCUGGAGCCAUCGUGUCGGCGUUUAAGGAGGGCGAGAAGCACGAGAAGGAGGCCCUGCAGCGGCUGCAGGAGGCCAACCUCAGCAAGCCGGGCCUGGAGCGCGUCGCCCGGGAGGACCGGAGGAGGACCAACGGCACGGAGCAGGACGUCUCCGUCCAGCCCGUGGACUUAACCAAGGAGGGCGGGGGGGCGGAGGGGGAGGCGCCCGGAUCCCCGCCCUCCUCCUCCUCCUCCGUGUGCGUCUGCGGCCGCCCGCCCCGCCCCCCGCUCCUGCGCUGCCGCCUGUGCAGAGACUGGUUCCACGGCGGGUGCGUCCCCUUCCCCUCCCUCCUGCCCCCCGGCCCCGCCCCCGCGGCCGCGCCCGCCGCCCACCACCUCCGCCGCCGCCGCUGCUGCUGGUGGGACUGGGACACCCGCUUCCUGUGCCCGCUGUGCCAGCGCUCGCGCCGCCCGCGGCUGGAGACCAUCCUGGCGCUGCUGGUGGCGCUGCAGCGGCUGCCCGUGCGGCUGCCCGAGGGCGAGGCGCUCCAGUGCCUGACGGAGCGCGCCAUCGCCUGGCAGGGCCGCGCCAAGCACCUGCUGGAGGGCCCCGAGCUCCGCCCCACUCUCCAGGCCCUCAGGGCCCUCAGGGAGGGCCGGGUCCCCGGCGCCGCCCGCAAGGGGGAGGAGGAGGAAGAGGAAGAGGAGGAGGAGCAGCGGCAGACGCCGCCGGAGGAAAAGAAAGGGAGCUCGGUCAUCGUCCUGUCCGACUCUGAGGGGUGCGAGAGGGAAGAGGGGGUGAUCGACCUGACCGAGGACGCGGGCCCCCCCAAAACGGCCAAUCAGAGAGCGGCGAACUCCGCUCAGCCGGUGUUUGAGAACGGACACAGCAAGAAGGAGAACUCGCACAGCACCACAGGUGUGGAGGCCCUGAUCCCUCUGGUGCCGGGGCUGAAGGGGCCGGUCAUAGAGCUGGCUCCAGAAGUGCGGGCCCAGCUGGAAGACCUGCAGCUGGAGGGGGACCUGCUGGAGGUCACACUGGACCAGACGCAGACAAUCCACCGGGUCCUACAGGCAGCGUCCGAGCCACCCCGCCACACUCUGCAUACCCUCAUACUGAUCGAGCUGCAGGAGCAGAGGAGCGCAGGGCGGGGCUGCCGGAGCAAAGACUCCCGGAGGAAGAGGAAGAGCCAGAGAGGAGGCGGGGGCGAAGGAGGAGGGGCCAACGGCACCGCGCCAUCUCAGGACGGCUCCGAGUCCAAGAAGACACGCCCCCUCAGCGACGCCCCCUCCAAAACUCUCCUGCAGACCCAUCCAGAGGUCUUGUGAUGAGAUGGUUUUCGGGCCGUGAGGAGGUUCUUGCGCGGGGAAGAGUUACGGGCGGACAGAGCACCAAACUGGGCCGGAGAGGAGAGGAGAGGAGGAAGGAGGGGGUUGCGCGCAGGAUGUACCUUCGAUUCGCCUCCGCCUCCACCCGCACCCCCACCACUUCAUCUGCCCCCCCUCUGUGCUGCUCACAAACACUCCCUAUGCUUUCAUUCAUUCUUCAUACACUACUACCCCCUGUCACUGUUGCCCCCUACCACUGUUACCCCCUACCACUGUUACCCCAACCAGUGUUACCCUACUGCUACUAAACCUACCCCUAACAAUUACUGCUACUAUUAAUACCCUGGCCCCACCCUUUUUGCCCCCAGCUCUGCUCUACCCUGCCCCCUUGCCCCCCCCCCCCCCCCCAUCUCAGCCAUAUCACCACUGGAACAAGCUGAGUGACGCUGACCUCGUAUGCUUGAGAGAGGGGGGGGGGGAGGGGUGGGAGAGAACCUUGUGGUCCAGCUCCUUAAAUCGAUUUGUGCUUUGGAACUAGUACCCAUUAUCCAACCCCCCACCCCCCCCCCCUGGAGGUUUUGAGGUCCGUCCCGACGUGCUCCACGUAUUUGUUCCAGGCUGUUGUCCAGAGCUUCAGUUUACGGUGUUUUUGUAUUGCGAGGGACAGCCAAUGGGGGGUAAAACCACAUGUCCCCCCCCCCCCCCUCCCCCCCGCUCACUCACUUCACUCUGGAAAUAUAAUUUUUUAUGAUUUCCAGGACAAAAAACAAAAAAAAAACUUGAGAAAGGAAAAAAAGAGUACAGUGAGGCCCUGUACUGCUUGGCGCACCUGUAUUUUUUUGUAUGUGUUUUUUGGAAUUUGCCAGGAGCGGGAAUUUGCGUUUUGGAUAACAGAUUUUAAAAAAAAAUUUGGGAAGUUUAAAAAAAAAAAAAACGAAAAAAAAAACGAAAAAAAAAAAACAGGCAUACACGUUUUUUGGUGCUACUUGACUUGCCCAAAACAGGUCUCCUCGUACUUAUCCUCUAAUCACCUGCCUUUUUUUGUGCCGUUUCUUUCCUUUUUUCACCUCUCCUGUCUCCCUCUUCUGUUCUUCCAUCUGCCCUUCUCUUCUGUCUCUCUCUCUCUCUCUCUCUCUCUCUCAUCACACCUCACACUUUACUGUAACUCACUUUAUUAGCAUUUGAUUUUGUUUCCUCUGGGUUCAGAUAAUUAUAUUAUUAAUAUUAUUGGUAUUGAUAUUAUUGCAGACUGGCAGUUGUGGGUUUGUGUAUAAAAAACCUUUUCAUUUCAAUGUUGCCUUUUUAUGUCUUUCCCCCCCCCCUCCUUGUGAGUAAUAAAGAUUUAGAAUUGUUUUAGGAA